AUGAGUCGGCUCGUUUGGUUGGCACUAUUCCAAUUCUGUCUCGCCAAUCACCCAGUUUUUCCGCCGCCCACUCAAUUGUACUGUCCGACUCAUGGAACUUCUGCGUAUAUUUUUGUCACCGUCACACCCGAAGUCGACAUCGACGCGUUUGCGGCUCUUCUCGAAUAUUAUGCGAAGCUAAUGCCAUACAAUUCAACAAAUCAAAUAAAAUACGACUUUUAUUUUGGCGCCAAUUAUUCGCAAAUUGUCAAGACGUUUUCAUUGGAGACUGAUGUGAAUGAAUGGGUGCAUGAUAAUAAUUAUCUGAACCUUCUUUACAAUAGCGCAUUGACAUCCAGCAAGGAGUUGCGACAGGAGAAUAGCGAUGAGUUGACGAAUGUGGUGCGGUCAAUUUAUGAUGCGAUUUCCAAGGAGAAUCAAUUGGAUGCGUCGGUGUACCUAAAAAAGCAAAUUGUGCUGAUAACGGAUUAUGUGCCGUUGAAUGUCACCGAUUUGCUCAACAAUAAUGAUAAUGAAAAUACUCAAAUUCUUGGAAUUUUUCAACGAAUCGAUGAUUCCGCGUUCGACGACGCCGCCAUUUUUCCAGUAUUUUCAAUGGAAGACACGGGCAUUUCGAGGAUUAGAAAUAUUUUUCAAUCGAAUUAUGAUUUUGAAUUUCCGCGAAUCAUUCACGAGACGAAACCGACAUCCGAUGUUUAUGUCUUCAUGACUUCAUCCAAUAUGACAUCGCUGGCCCACGUGAUCGCCAAUGCCAUCAAUGGUCCCGCAUGCCAAUUGCAGCGCGCUAGAAUGUAUUCCCAAUUUGUGCAUGUUCAAUUAAUACAAAAUGGCACAGUUUGGCAGCUAAUUAUUCCCUGGCUUGGUGAACACACACAACAAUUCACCAAGAUUUGUUUGAAUAGUGUAUUAGAGGCCGCUCCCGCUCCAAAUUGCACAGAAAUGAAGACUCAGAUUCUCUCAAACUUCGUCGAUCAUAUUUCCACCGUCGCCAAUGAAUCCUUCACAUAUUUAUUCUUGGAUAGGGCCGAUUGUGCGCACACUCAUAAUUUGACAAUGAAGCUCAACGAUAUGUCUCAUGUUCGAAUUGUGAUGGAGGAGAAGCUGAACGACGUCUACGAGGAGUUCACACUGCCAUUGAUCUCUUUAGGAUUCUUGGAUCAAACCGUCGACAAUCAGGUCAUUCAUAAUGACAUGUUCUAUCUUGGCAAUUUCUCGACGUCGUGCACUGACGAGAUGCCGAUGGUCCCGUUGCUCGCUUCGAGACCCUGGCGGCGAACGAAACACUUGUAUAUUGCUCUCGACGACAUGCUCACCAUAUUCAUUUGCGCAACGAUAUCGGUGAGCACGUUCGGCUGUUUGAUCUACCGUCAUGUGCGAAGGACACAUAAGAAGCAGAUGGAGCUGCUCAGCGAGAUUAUGCUGCAGCCAAGAAUUUACAAAGCUCCUCGAGAGUGCCCGAAAGUGGCGCGGCUUCCAUGGGAGAUCAAAUCGGAGAACGUGCACAUCGACUUCGAAUUCCUGCUUGGCGAAGGAACCAUUUCCAACGUGUACCUCGGAAAACUUAAAGGGAGAGCCCCUAUAAUGCAAUGGAUUGAGAGGAUUGAAAUGAAGCAGUUUCAGGAUUGCGCAGUGGCUGUUAGAGUCCCCCGACAUUUUGAUGAGCCUGAGGAAGAUCAGCUUCAGCGGGAGAUUGCUUCGAUGAGGCAACUUCGUCAUCAUGACCAUAUCGCCCUUCUUCUUGGAUGGACUGAUAAGAAUAAUUUGGUGUGUAGCCUUUUGGAGCUCACCCAUAUGAAUCUUAUCAAAUAUCUUAAUCAGAUUAAGACGAUCACGCAAACCCCGAACGCCAACGGCUUCUCGCCAAUGGAUUGCAUACCAUUCCAAACGAUGUAUAAAAUCAUUUGGGAGACGUGCGAUGGUAUUGAGUACAUCCAUUCGAAGAAUCUGGUGCAUCGCGAUUUGACGGCUCGCAACAUUCUGUUGACAACCGGCCUCCGCGCGAAGAUCUCGGGAUUCGGCUUCUGCUCGGAGCCCGGCGAUCCGAAGUUCACAAUGAAAUCGCUCGCGUUGCGAUAUUUGCCGGUUCGUUGGCUGGCGCCUGAGUGCUUCUACGGCAAUUUCAGUUUCAAAAGCGACAGUUGGGCGUUCGGCGUUCUAAUGUAUGAGAUUUUUACGCUCGGCGAUCAGCCGUAUGAAGAUUUGACGAGACCUGAAGAAAUAAUCGAAAGUGUGAGGAAGGGUCGAAUUCCGGCGCAUCCCAAAUAUGCUACGAAACAAACCUAUAAGAUAAUGCAAAGCUGCUUCGAGACCUACACUUCAAGGCGGCCGACGUUCACGCAGCUGAAAGACGCGUUCCACGUGCAAAGCACCGCCUACUACAAGGAUGAGCCGAUAAUGGUGAGCGGCUUCGUCAACAAGAAUUUCAUGAUGAAGCCGAGCGAGAAGGUGAAGAACUGCAAUGGCUAUUGUAUUGGACGCCAACUUCAUUUGGACGCGACGCUGGCAAAUGGCGAGCAGAUCUAUGUGCGUAGCGUCCAUUUUUCGUGUGUUCCCGUCACGAAGAAAUCGAAAAAGUUGUGUGAAUCAAUCUGCUCCACCAGCCACCACAAAAACAAUGUGGCGACAAAACAAUUGGACCGAUUGAUUGGAAGUAUCAAACGGAUGAUUAGUGCGGAUAUUGGGGAUUUCUCGUUUGAAAAAGCGAUGGAAAAGACGUGCUGCUGCAAAGAUGCGAAAUGCGCGGUGCGAACCGACGGCCGAUUGCGACUCGCGCUUCAAAGCAAUUAUAAAAUCUCCUAA